GCCCCACCCACUCACUCUCUAACGUAACCGACCCCAACCAUCCCAUUCUUCAAUCUAACAACUCUCUCUUCUCUCUUGCAUUCCAAACUUCCCUUUCUUUCCUUCCAUUUUUCAAAUUCCAAUUCUUCAUUCUUCAUCAUCUUCUUCUUCAACAACAACACUCAUGACGACUACUGAGCUUCUUCAAAUCGAUCCUUCCGAACUCCGAUUCGUCUUUGAAUUGAAGAAACAGAGUUCAUGCUUGAUUCAACUCGGAAACAAUAACGAUCACUAUAUCGCUUUCAAGGUUAAAACGACGUCGCCGAAGAAAUAUUGUGUUAGACCUAAUAUAGGCCUCAUCAAGCCAAACGAAAAAUGUGAUUUUACUGUUACUAUGCAAGCUCAACGUACCGCGCCGCCGGAUAUGAAUUGCAAAGAUAAGUUUCUUAUCCUAAGCACGGUUGUUCCGUUUGGAACUACUGAUGAUGACAUUACAUCUGAUAUGUUUGUAAAAGACAGUGGAAAGUAUAUUGAGGAGAAGAAACUGAAGGUAGUUCUUAUUAGUCCCCCGUCUUCGCCGGUUUUGCUUCCUGUAAACGGUGAUGUGAAACAAGAUCCGUCGUACCAAAUUAAUGCGCUUAAAGAUAGGGUGAUCAGUGGAAUUGAAAAUGUACCUCCUCCACCUCUAAGAGCUUCUGUGGAAGUUAAGGGUUUGGAACCGGUCAUGGAUAUGGGAGAGAAUAAAACAGAUGGGAAUAAUGAUGUAAGGCAUGCUGAAAACGAGAGUGACAUGAAGCCAACAAUAGCUGAUGAUGUGCAGUUGAAUUUAGCAAAGGGUUGUGAGGAGUUGAAAUCAAGGCUUUGCUUGAUGGAUACAAAGUUAAGAGAGGUUAGAGCUCCUGAAUUUAGAUUAAGCAUUAUGAAUGCUGAGGUAGCAGUGAUGAAGUUGAAUGAGGAGAAACGCACAUACAAUAAAGAAAAAGACAUGCUAAAGAAAGAAUUGGAGGCACUGAAGAGGAGAAGUAACACAAAAGUUCAACAAGGCUUUCCAUUACUGUUUGUCUGCAUGGUUGCUAUUGUCGGUGUGGCAGUUGGAUACUAUAUUCAGCCAUAAGGCAUAGAAUUGCUUGCGUAAGAUAGCAGACGUUCUGACAUCUAUGGUUUCUCUAUAAUUGUUUAUUAUGAUAGUUUUACUUGAGCGAUGUGUUAAUAUGUGACAUGAAAAUGUGUGUAAAGUGAACUACAACUAUCAAUAGAAAGCAUAAUAAGCAGCCUUAUGAUAUUUUCAUAACAGUAA